AUGGUUCAGUCAGCGGUGGAGUUUCUGAUACCGUCGUCGUGGGAGAUUGAAGUUGCGGUGGUUGCUUCGGCUUUCGUGAUCGCUUCUUAUUGGCUAUUCGCUUACAGAAGCGACGGAGAUGACGAAGCCAGUGGUGUGGGAUUUGAUCGGUCUCACCUCAUGCAGAAUCCCGAUUCCGGCGACCCCAUUUUUGACAAAGACAAGAUAGGACAGUUGAGAGGUGACAUUCAAACAACUUCUGCAUAUAUCAUCAAGGUGGAACUACUGGCUGCUAAGAACCUCAUUGGUGCUAACUUAAACGGAACAUCAGAUCCUUAUGCUAUUGUAAAUUGUGGAUCAGAAAAACGAUUCAGUUCUAUGGUCCCUGGCUCAAGGAAUCCAAUGUGGGGGGAAGAGUUCAAUUUUCCCACAGAUGAGCUUCCUGUUAAGAUUAAUGUAACAAUUCAUGAUUGGGAUAUCAUUUGGAAAAGUACUGUUCUUGGCUCAGUAACUAUUAACGUUGAACGUGAAGGCCAGACAGGUCCAGUGUGGCACUCAUUAGAUAGCCCAUCUGGUCAGGUUUGCCUUAAUAUUAAUGCAAUCAAAUUACCUGUGAAUGCUUCUAGGGCUAUAACUGGAUAUGCUGGAGCCUGUAGAAGAAGGGUGACGUUGGAUCAGCAAGGCCCAACAAUUGUACAUCAAAAGCCAGGGCCUCUGCAGACGAUCUUUGAUCUCCUCCCUGAUGAGGUUGCUGAGCAUAGCUAUUCAUGUGCCCUGGAGAGGUCAUUCUUGUACCAUGGCCGAAUAUAUGUUUCUGCGUGGCACAUAUGUUUUCACUCCAAUGUUUUCUCUAAGCAAAUGAAGGUAGUUGUACCUCUGGGAGAUAUAGAUGAGAUUCGUAGAAGUCAACAUGCAUUGAUAAAUCCAGCUAUAACAAUCAUACUACGGAUGGGCGCUGGUGGACAUGGUGUUCCUCCUCUUGGGACUCCUGAUGGUAGAGUGAGGUAUAAAUUUGCAUCGUUUUGGAACAGGAACCAUACACUAAAAGCAUUGCAGCGUGCUGUUAAUAAUUAUCACGCAAUGUUAGAAGUUGAAAAGAAGGAGAGAGCAGAAUCUGCCUUGCGUGCUCAUAGUAGCUCUGUGAGAGGAGGAGGUGGUAAAGUACAAGUGAAAGCUCCUGAAGAUACUGCAGCUAUACCUGUAAAGUUUCAGGCUUUCGUCAAGGAAGAAGUCCUUGUCGGCGUUUACAAUGAUGUUUUCGCCAGCACACCUGAGCAAUUCCUGAACGUCUUGUUGGCUGAUGAUUCCAAUUACACGAAUGAGUACAGAUCUGCACGGAAGGAUAAGAAUCUUAAUAUUGAGCCUUGGCACACUGCUGUGGAAUAUGACGGUCAAGUUAGAGAGAUUAAGUUCAGAUCCAUAUGUAAUAGUCCUAUGUGUCCACCAGACACUGCUGUGACAGAAUGGCAGCACUUUGUUCUGUCACCAGAUAAGAAAAUGCUGGUUUUUGAAACUGUGCAGCAGCCACAUGAUGUUCCUUUUGGUUCUUACUUUGAGGUCCAUUGUCGAUGGCGCUUGGAAGCUAAAGAGGAGACUUCAUCUGUUAUAGAUAUAAGAGUUGGUGUACAUUUCAAGAAAUGGUGCUUGAUGCAAUCGAAGAUUAAAGCAGGAGCAAUUAACGAGUACAAGAAAGAAGUGGAAGUGAUGCUCGAAGUUGCAUUGUCGCAUCUAAAGUCACACUCGCCCUCAAACAAUGUAGACAACAACACUGCUUCGUUACCUCCAAUACCAGAAGACAUAAGCUAA